AUGAAUAUGGCUUCCUUCAUCGGCAAAACAUUCGCCUUUUCCAAGGGCUACGCAGCACUCGAGCACGACGAUAAUGAGAAGUAUCAGGACAUUUCUCCGGAGGAUAUUGGGCUAGAAAGCGAAGCACCACGAACCAGACUGGCAAGACUGGGUGGGAUUGCAAAGACUGUCUUUCGCAGUCCAGCUGGCAGGAUCGUUACACUUCUCGCUCUAUUAACACUUAGCGCGCCGAUCCUCUUCAAAGCUAUAGCAGCACGAUCGCAGAGGCCUCUGAACAAAUGUUAUUGCGGUACCACCAUCGCCGAGGCUGAAAGCUUGGGGUGCAAAUUCGAUCCCAUGUCACCGGCGUGGCUGCCAGCGGAAUGUCGCGAUGCAGAGCUUUCGGACGCAUUCGAGCAGGCUGCGACAAAUCUUCAAGCUGGAGGGGCCUGGCGAUACUUCUCUGAUGUAAAUAUGACCCAACCUAUUAGCAAGGAAGAAGUAGGAGCAAUGGCCGACACGGGCGACUUCUUCUUUGCCGACCAGCAUUGGCAUAGCAUGCACUGCAUGUUUAUGUGGCAGAAGCGUGAGCUGGCGUUAUUGGGCAAGGUCAUCUUGGAGGAGAGAUACGAUGUUCCGCUUCACGCUGAGCAUUGCACCCGUGUAUUGACCAGCAAAUCCAAGGGGGCGUUCAGUAGAGUCUUGCUCGGCGGCUCGAUGGACAUCCUGGACGAGGUGCUGGCGCGGCUCAUAUCGCAAGCGAAGGACGAUGAUAUCGAGAUACCAGAAGCGGAGGACAAUGAGUUCAAUGAGUGGUAG